CUAAACCACACCUCUUGGUUCUCUUUCGUUGAGGUUAUAAAACGCGUCAUGUGUUUCUUCUUGUAAUACAAAGGUGCAAAAUUCUGAACUAUUUAGUUGUUAGAGUAACUUGGUAUUAUAUGGUGGGAAAACGGGAGAAAAUGCUUUGUCUGUGCGCUUUGGUGUAUCUUUAUGCCGUUUGUGUGAGCGACGGUUUUCCAGCGGGGAGCUUGGACGGAUCAGUAAACGACCGGCCCAUUAUUGGGAUUUUGACUCAAGAAGUGGUAGAUGAUGAUAUGAUGCGAUUUGGAAAGACUUUCAUCCCCGCCUCCUACGUGAAAGACGUGGAGUCAGGGGGAAGCAGGGUGAUGCCAAUCAGACUGAAUCAGACCCUGCCUGAGUAUGAGAAGAUCUUCAAAUCAAUUAAUGGCAUGAUGUUCAUCGGGGGUGCUGCAGAUCUGGAGACCUCAGACUAUGCCAGGGCUGCAAAGGCUUUCUACAGGUUGGCUGUGGAGUCAAACGAUGCAGGAGACUACUUUCCCUUGUGGGGGACAUGCAUGGGGUUCCAGCUGCUAACUGUUCUGGUGGCAGGAGAGAACCUUCUGAGCAACACCACAGCAGAGAAUGUUGCCUUUCCUCUCAACCUCACUGUAGAAGCUACAUCCAGUCGCAUGUUUGAGAGUUUUCCCACUGAUCUGAUGAAGGCUCUGUCCCAAGAAGACCUGACGGGAAAUUUCCAUCAUUAUGGAGUCACUGAGAAGACAUUCAGAGGAAAUGAGAAACUGCAACAAUUCUUUUCUGUCCUGUCAACAAACAUAGCAGAAAAUGGUGUUGAGUUUGUUUCCACCAUUGAAGGAAGGAAAUACCCAUUCUAUGGAGUACAGUGGCACCCUGAGGUGAACCGUUUUCAAUGGGAUCCUGACAUGCAGUUCCCCCACUCCCAGAAUGCUGUGCGCGUGUCAUCAUUACUGUCAGAAUUUUUUAUCAAUGAAGCCAAGAAGAGUCUGCACCACUUUUUCAAGCCUGAGGAGGAGGAAGCAGCACUAAUAUACAACUACACCCCUGUGUAUGUCGGCAAUUUCAGUGGAUAUGAGCAGUGUUAUUUUUUCUGAAACACAGAGGACCCCCUUUUCUAUAAAUUUUGCUCAGGGACUUUUUAUUUCUGGGGCAAAAUUACAUGGAAUACUCAAAUGUGUUCUGGAGUUGAGAGGUCACACCUAAAGUGAAGGCUGGUGGCCUCUUCUGGAAGACACUUGUAGGUGAACUGCCAGCACCAGGCUCAUGGGGAUGCCAGUUCACCUACAAUAUGGUGAUCACUACUUCACCAUAUUCUUUUUAUCUACCAAUGCUCAAUAAAUAAAAAAGACAACAUAUUUGCUGGUUAAUUCACAGUAUUAUACCACUUACAUUUCUAUUUUUUUGGAUAUUUACGUAUGUUCUUAUAUUUUUUUCUAAUACACACACGCA